GGGAAGAGUUCAUGUUGAUUAUUCUAAACUCUGACCCUCCCACUCCUCUCAAUCAUUUCAAACCAUAAACUUACACACUUUUACAUAACUUAAAGAAAACAUUCAAAAAAUCAAAGACUGAAACCACCAAUAUGUCCCUAGCAGGACUGAUUCUAGACCCAGAAAUGAAUCACAAUAAAAAAACAUUCCACAGAAGAAAUGAUUCUGGUGAACUUGAUGUGUUUGAAGCUGCAAGAUACUUCUCAGGUUACAAUGAAGUUGUUGGAUAUAAUAAUAACUCCACUUUCACACAAAAGAUGAUUAGAGAAGAAAGACAUAGAGGUAGAAUAAGCUUAGACAUGCCAAUGAGAAGCUUAUUACCUCAACAAUUCCAUGGAGUUGUUGACAAACAAAUGAAAGAGAAGAAACACAAACAACCUAGCUCACCAGGUGGAAAACUUGCAAGCUUUUUGAACUCACUAUUCAAUCAAUCGAUGUCGAAGAAGAAGAAAUCAUCGAAAUCAAGCUCACAGUCGAUGAAAGAUGAAGAUGAAAGUCCUGGUGGGAGAAGAAGAAGGAGAAGCAGCAUUAGUCAUUUCAGAAGCUCAAGCAAUAAUGGUGAUUCAAGGUCUGUUACUGGUUUUAGAACUCCUCCUUAUAAUGUAAUAACAACACCAACAAAAGGGUGCAAAGAAUUCAGAAACUUGUUGGAACAAAAACAUGAUGUCAAAUCAUCAAACAGUUUGAGGAAUGAGUUUUUUUGGGAUGAUAAGAAAAAGAGAGACACAAAUUUGCAAAGGAAUUUUGUGGACAAACAAUAUUCAGCAGAGGGAAAGGGUGUAAGAAAUUUGAAUGAGGUUGUUGAUGAUGGUGCUGAAAGUGAUUCAAGUUCUGAUUUGUUUGAAUUGCAAAACUAUGAUUUGUGUCAUUAUUCAAGUGGUUUACCUGUUUAUGAAACUACCAACAUGGAAAAUAUCAAGAGAGGAGCAACAAUUUCCAAUGUUAAUUAAUCCUCUUUCAUCAUAUAUAUUGUAUAAUAAUUUCUAGUAUAAACUAUCAUUUUAGUGUCCGAAAGUGUAGACCGGUGUUACUUUGGUUACUGAUAUAUCAAAAAUUCAAAUUAGUUAUCGAAUCAUCAAAACAUCAAUCAGUUUAGUCUUUGACGUUAUAAUAUUCAAAGACUAUUUUAAGAGUAAAUUGUAUUUUUCAUAGACUUUUAUGAUAAUAAAUUUUAUUUUCAAGAACUAUUUUGAUGAUUCGAAAUUUUUGAUUAAGUCAUGAACUAAUGUGAUAUCGAACUAAAAUGGUGAUUUUUGUUUAUUUGUUCAUGUUAUUUGACAAGUUAGACACUUCGAAAAGGGAAAUGUACUGGAUUUUGCUUGUUUUCCUUUCUGGAUUUGGUUUCCAAUUUAUUUCAAUACUUUUUUUCUUUGUUUGUACAGUUUGGAAUGUUUGUUUGUCUUACUCUUAAUCUAAUUUUAUUUAAUUUUCUUUGCUUAUAGACCUUAUGUAUUAGAGUGCAAACAUAUGUAUAGUGUUCACAUUAUUGGCUUGAUUAGAUU